UAAGAGUUGGAAGGGAUCUCAGGGGCCAUUUGGCCCAGCCACUAGACCAACAAGAAUUCUCUUUACAAAAGAUUCUUGUUCUGCAGGAUUCCACGACACCAGGAAAUAUCUCUCCCUUUGGUAUCGCGUACAGCUACAGAGACACAGUGUCGUCUUCUUGGCUUGUAUGGAUAUAAGGCUGAGAAAUCCCAGAAGAACCUAUCUGGGCCUCUGAGACCUGAAGGAAACACAGCUCAAGUCCUCAGGAACAUAAGAAUUGGUGGUUAGUUCAGGUACCCUCUUCUCAGGUUCAACCUGUACCACAGGGAUCCACUUAGCCAUGGAAAUGAAUGAUGGACCUUCAGCAUUCCCUAACCCAAGCAAUAUUAAAAAAAGAAUCUGGGGAAAUUUGCUGUGGAAUUGUCAGGAGUCACAAUCCAUAGAACAUCCUCCUCUUGGGAAAAUUCAUGACAUCCAUCAACAGGUCUGGAUUCUUCUGAAUGGGACACUUAUAGCAACUCCCUAUGAAGAGAAUGUGAACCCAGUGACUCUGGAGAUAUUACCAUGUAGAGAUGAUCUUCCUAAAGACAAAGGGCAGCCUAUCUACCUGGGUAUAAAGGCAUCAGGCCUUUGUCUGUGUUGUGCAAUGAGUGGAGAACAGCCCACGCUGCAGUUGGUGGAGAAGAACAUAGCAGACCUGUACAAAACACCUGAGGCAGUGAAGCCUUUUGUCUUUUACCUGAAUCAGACUGGCAGCACCUCUACCCUCGAGUCAGCUGCCUACUCUGGCUGGUUCAUCGGCACAUCUUCAGACAAAAACCAACCUGUUACCCUGACUCAAAUUAGGAGACAGUAUAAUACUGACUUCUUUUUAGAAAUAGAAAACCCCAAAUUGGAGCCCCAUGUCUCUGCAUAGAAUUCUCUUUUUUCAAGGCAUUUCACACACAUUAGCUCAUUUUUAUAUUUAUAACAUAUCUGUGAGAUCAUCAGGAUUGGCAUUUUAAUCCCCAUUUUGCAUAUGAGGAAAUUAUGGCCCAGAGAAGUCACGAGAUUUUCCCAAGUUCACAUAACUGGUGACUGGCAGGCUUCCUUCAAUGGAUUGAGAGAUGUUGGAACGGUGAAGCUCAUGAUUCAUCUCAUGCUCAUGGUUGGUCCCUCUAGCCUUCAGAGAUGCAGCAUUUGGGGAUGUUUCUCUCUAAUCAUUCUCAGCACUUGGUAACACAUUCAUCAGUGCCAGCACAAUUCACUGAUGGUGUCUGGAGACCACGAUACAUUCUGAUUUAGUGACCUGGUCCUUCACAGCCUCUUGAAAGGGGCUUCAACUGCAUUGGCUCUCACUUCAUUGACCACUGAAAGAUCUUAACAUAGGAAAUAUUAAGGAAGAAGCUCUGUCACUAACAGUGUGACUUUCAUAAAUCACCUCCCCUUUGGGGACCCAGCUUCUGUAUUUUAAAAAAUGAGCAAGAUGGUCUUUUAGGUCAGCUGCCCCUUUAAUCUAGAACCAUAACAGGAAACCCUCCCUUAAAUCAUAUGUGUGAGUGUGUGUGUGUGUGUGUGUGUGUGUGUGUGUGUGUGUAUCUCCUCCUCCUUAGGAGGAGAUAGUGACAUCCUAAGUCAAAGUACUAAAUCUUUCCCAGACUCAGUUUUCUCACCGUCCAAAUGGAUAAAAUUGUACAUACUGUACAUGGUUCUUCGGAGGAUCAAAUUAGAAAGAUACAUGAAAAUGUCUUGAAAAUCUAAAAAUGUUACAAAAAUAUGAGGUAGUACUAUUA